ACCCAAAUGUCAGGAGAGAUGGACAAGCCACUGAUCAGCCGCCGCCUGGUGGACAGCGAUGGGAGCCUUGCCGAGACCCCCAGUGAAGGCCCCAAAGUGGGCAUCCUGGGCAGCGGGGACUUUGCCCGCUCCCUGGUCACACGCCUGGUGGGCUCUGGCUUUAGCGUGGUGGUGGGGAGCCGCAACCCCAAACGCACAGCCGGGCUGUUCCCCUCAGCGGCACAAGUGACUUUCCAGGCGGAGGCAGUGGACUCCCCUGACGUCAUCUUUGUGGCCAUGUUCCGGGAGCACUACUCCUCACUGUGUGGCCUCAGCGACCAGCUGGCUGGCAAGAUCCUCGUGGACGUAAGCAACCCCACAGAGCAGGAGCACCUCCGGCACCGCGAGUCCAAUGCUGAGUACCUGGCUUCCCUCUUCCCCACCUGCACGGUGGUUAAGGCCUUCAAUGUCAUCUCCGCCUGGACCCUACAGUCCGGCCCAAGAGAUGGGAACAGGCAGGUGCCCAUCUGCAGUGACCACCCAGACGCCAAGCGGGCCGUCUCGGAGAUGGUGCAGGCCAUGGGCUUCAUGCCCGUGGACAUGGGGGCCCUGGUCUCGGCCCGGGAGGUGGAGGCCAUGCCCCUGCGCCUCCUCCCGGGCUGGAAGGUGCCCGCCCUCCUGGCCCUGGGACUCUUCAUCUUCUUCUACGUCUACAACUUCGUCCGGGACGUCCUGCAGCCCUACGUGCGGGACGGCAAGAGCAAGUUCUACAAGCUGCCCGUGUCCGUGGUCAACACGACGCUGCCGUGCGUGGCCUACGUGCUGCUGUCCCUGGUGUACCUGCCCGGCGUGCUGGCGGCCGCCCUGCAGCUGCGCCGGGGCACCAAGUACCGCCGCUUCCCCGACUGGCUGGACCACUGGCUGCAGCACCGCAAGCAGAUAGGCCUGCUCAGCUUCUUCUGCGCCGCGCUGCACGCGCUCUACAGCUUCUGCCUGCCCCUGAGCCGCGUGAACCGCUACGAGGUGGUCAACCUCGCCAUCAAACAGGUACGACCGGCGCGCGCAGCCUACCAGCCGCCCUCGGCCGCUUCUGGCCCCGCAGGGGCGCUGCGCCGGCCGCCGCCCGACGUGCUGAAGACUGGUGAGCCCGGCGGGGCAAUGCCAGGGCUGGUGGACGCAGCCCAAGGCUGGGGGCAGGAGACGGACGCAAGACAGCUGCGAGUUUUCGAGGCUCUGCAGGAGGAGUGCUAA